AUGAAAGGCAGGGAUGUGAUCGCCCAGGCUCAAUCGGGAACUGGUAAAACCGCCACAUUUUCUAUUUCUAUUCUCCAAUGUAUAGAUACUACAGUACGAGAAACUCAAGCACUUGUACUAUCGCCGACAAGGGAACUCGCGACACAAAUACAAAGUGUCAUUCUGGCACUUGGUGACUAUAUGAAUGUCCAAUGUCAUGCCUGCAUUGGCGGAACUAGCAUUGGAGAAGACAUUCGCAAACUUGAUUAUGGUCAACAUGUUGUUUCCGGUACACCCGGUAGAGUUUUCGAUAUGAUUCGUCGUCGUAAUUUGCGGACGCGACACAUAAAAAUGCUUGUAUUAGAUGAAGCAGACGAGUUACUCAACAAAGGUUUUAAAGAUCAGAUAUACGAUGUCUAUCGAUAUCUUCCACCAAAUACACAAGUCAUCCUUUUAAGUGCCACCUUACCGCAUGAUGUACUUGAGAUGACUACUAAAUUCAUGACUGAACCAGUUCGUAUAUUGGUCAAACGUGAUGAAUUGACUCUGGAAGGAAUUAAGCAAUUCUUUGUCGCUGUUGAGAAAGAAGAUUGGAAGUUUGAAACGCUUUGUGAUUUGUAUGAUACGUUAACAAUUACUCAAGCGGUCAUUUUCUGUAAUACUCGCCGAAAG